AUGGCCUGGCAUGUGCUGCACAAUCUACUGGAGAAUUGCAGGAAAAUCUCCACUUUUCCUGGCAAAUUAUGGAUAAUGGUCAUGUUUGCCUUCCGAAUGGUGAUGAUAGCCAGGGUGGGAGAUCAAGUGUACGGAGAUGAACAAGAUCAGUUCGUUUGCAACACGAAUACUCCUGGCUGCAAUCAGGUCUGCUAUAGUAAAUUUUCUCCGAUUUCGCAUUUGCGAUUUUGGUCUGCGAUGGUGAUCAUAACUGCCACUCCUCCGAUUGUCUUUCUUGCUUAUGCUACCAACUUGAUAACGAGGAACGAAAGGAAGAAAGAUGAAGCAAAGUUUACUAAAAUCAGGGAGAGGGAAGAAAAGCUAGCAAAAAGGGCGCACAAGAAAAAGCACCGUGUAAUGAACUCUCUCCGAAAUCGAAAACACGCAGGCUCAAAUCACUCUGGUCAUAAAAGUCGAGCGCCAAAGUCGAACUUUUCCGAUCCCGGAAGUAUAUCCCGCCAUACAAUGUCCCCGUUGAAAACGAAACCAGACGAGGAAGAUAGGCUUAUUCAGCCGAACGGGUCUGGUCCAAACGCGCAUCUGGGCGUUGGAGAUCCGCCUCUGUAUUUUACAGACAACGACAAUGCAGGAUAUCCAGUCUACGAUGGGAAAAACAACAAGUACGUUACUUACAUUGAAAGAUCGCCUUCAACUCGGAAGCCUUUUCCAUCUUCCGAGUUUCCCGGAAAGUACAGGCCGCUGCAUCAUCCCGACAUCGCGCGUGCAUAUUGGUGGCAAGUGCUGAUAAGAACCGCGAUCGAAGGCGGUUUUCUGUGGCUACAGUACUACCUGUUCGGUUUCCAAGUUCCGCUAAAGUACAUUUGCAUCGGAGACCCUUGUCCUCAAGCAACAGAGUGUUGGAUUUCUAGGGCAUACGAAAAGACAAUCUUCCUUUGGUUCAUGUUUAUAGUUGGGAGCAUUUCCGUACUAUUGGGAUUCGCAGAAUUCUGGUCCCUUGGCUUCCAAAGAUUCAAAGUCGCGUUUGGCUGCUCGCGAGAAACAAAGAUUCAGAAGCAGCACAAGAAAAAACCAAGCCUCAGUAAUCUUGAGCAUAUGGAUCUAACAAUGGACAUGGAGCGCUUCUCAAUCGUCUCUUUCGGCAAUUCUGGCAGCUCCGGAUCCACAAUCUCCUCCGUCUAA